ACGUAGAGGAGAAUUUACCCCCUCGUCUCCUACGGACUGGGGUCUCAGUGCAGAAGUAGCCGGGCAAGUGAGCUGAGACCAAGAUGAAGAAGUUUGUGGCAUUUUCCCUCUGUCUGGUCCUCUUGACCAUCUACACAGCAGAUGCAAACCCAAUCAUCAAAGAGAGCUAUGCUAAGCAACUUCUGCGGACCAAGAGGCAGAAGCCCGGCCACCCCGAUGAGCCAAUGAGGGAGCACUUGCUCCACAUGCAGGUUCUGGAUCAGAGGGCCCAGGAGACCAACCUGGAACACUGGCUGAACCCCCACUGCUACCCCCGCUGUGACAGGAACUACGGACACCCUGUCUAACCCCCAGUGACCUCGCCUUGACUCCUCACAGCCCAGGAGAACAACUUGUGGCGGAGGGCGCUGACGGCAAGAAUGAUGUCGACAAUGAUGAUGAUGAUGAUAUGAGGGUGAAGCUCGGAGUGUAACUCUAUCACAUGCAUUUCAUGAUGAAGCCUCAGCAGGGAAUAUUAGUGUCCAUCAGUAGAGAUGUCCACAGCUUAUUCCAGCAACAUUAGCGUAUAGGAAAUGUAUUAAAUGAUGUGAACAUCAUAGAGGAUACAUGAUCCGUUUAUAUGUUGAUACAGUUAUGAGACAUUAUACAUUGUAUUAUGUAAAACAAUGUUUAAAUAACAAUAAUUGAAUAAAUAAUCUAAUCAAAUUUUAAAAAUG